GAUAUUUCAAAUUUUUUGUCUCUGUUUUGUAAUGUCAGCAUGCGACAAGCGUGAUAACGUACGUAUGAAGGAAAAUCUGUAUAUAAUUAGGAAAAUGAACAGAGCGACUGGAUUAAUGAAAUGGAUUUUCAUAAAUAUCUGCUUAUUUCAAUGUGUUCAUGCGGGACGUUUCGUGGAAGGGCCAAAAAUACACUUUCUGAAUGCAGAUGAUACUGUGGAAAAUAAUAAUCCUGGGUUAAAAACAUAUUGUCAUAUUGGUAUAUCAAAAUACUUGGCACAUAUGUGGAGAACUAUGACUAUGCAUCUGAAUACUAAUUCAGAUUCCUAUGUCUUAUAUGAUGGCAAAACGCCUGAAGAAAUACAGCAAAAGCACAAUGAAAAUCAGAAAUCAUGGAGUCUUAAUUUGUUUGACACAGGAAAACAUAAGCAAUUAAAAAUCAAUCCUUUUGAAAAUAUAUGCAUAGGUGUUUACACAGAUUCCAAUCAAUCUGGGUAUAUAAUCAAUCUGACAGAAACACGUAUCAAUGUUUGGAGAUUGACAAUAAUGAUAAUUGGUAUCAUCAUUUUCUGGUUUGCACAGAUAUUAAGUCGGAAUUCAUUAUUUUAUUAUGCUUGUGGCAUAUUAUUUGGUGUCACUUUAUCCAUUUUAAUUUUAAUAUAUAUGGCAGGAAAAUUGAUACCACGGGGAAAAGUAAUGUAUUUAGUGUUUGCUGCAUCAAUGAGCUUUUAUCUUGCUCAAGUAUUGUGGGAAAAUAUGCAAUUAAUUAUAGCACAAUACAGAGAAUGGGUGAUGUGGUACAUUCUUAUUACAUCUCUGAUUAGCUUUGUAAUCUGUUAUCGUUUUGGUCCAGUAACCAAUAAUAGAACAAAACAAAUAAUACAAUGGUUUUUGCAGUUUAUGGGGUUGGCAAUGGUAUAUAAUAGCAGUUAUUAUUAUGAGGCCUCCUUUUCAUGUUGCAUUGUUCUCGUACUUCUUUAUAAUUUUCCAAAGGCCGCGCUCGAACGAGGAAAGAGAUAUUGGCAAAUUAGGUUUCCGGAAAAACGACAAUUAUUAACUGAGGAUCAAUAUCGUCAAGAAGGAAUACGACAAACUAAGAAAGCCUUAAAACAAUUACAGAAUUAUUGCUCUAGUCCAGAAUGUAAUCCUUGGAAGACAGUUUUAAGAUUAAAAGAGCCCAUAAGAUUUGCGAAAUUUAUGGAAGGGGAAUCACAUUUGUCUGAAUGUGAGAUCGAAGAACACGAAGAGGAAGUUUCGAAAAUUUAUGAAUAUACAGAUGAUGAUGAUGAUGAUAACUCUUAUUAAGUACAAAUGCUUGAAUAAGGAUUCAGUAACAUGUAGAAAUUUAUAUCUGUUUUUCUAAUGACAGUUUUUUUAACACAAUAAUGAUUAGAACACUUUUUUUUGUAAAAGUUAAUUUAAAUUUUUGUAUAAAUUUUUUCAUUAAAUAGAUUAAGAGAUAGGAAUUAAAGAUAAUAUAUCUUUAUUUAAUUAUGUUUCUGUGUAGGUUUUU